AUGGCCACGGCGGCGUCCAACCCCUACCUGCCGGGCGGCGGCCUCCUGUCGUCCGGCGCCAUCGUCCACUCGGACUCGGGCAUGCAGCCGGGCAGCGUGGCCGUCACCUCGGGCGGCGGGGGCGGCGGCGGCGGCUACCGGGGCGACCCGUCGGCGGUGAAGAUGGUCCAGAGCGACUUCAUGCAGGGCGCCAUGGCGGCCAGCAACGGCGGCCAUAUGCUGAGCCAUGCCCACCAGUGGGUGACGGCCCUGCCCCACGUCGCCGCCGCCGCCGCCGCCGCCGCCGCCGCCGAGGCCAACUCGCCCUGGUCCAGCAGCCCGGUGGGCAUGAGCGGCAGCCCCCAGCAGCAGCAGCAGCAGCAGCAGCCGUCGGACGGCAAGGGCGGGCGCGACGAGCUGCUGCACCACCGGCCCCCGCCGCCCCACCUGGGCCCGCCGCACCAGGGCCACUGGGGGGCCGCGGCGGCCGCCCACCUGCCGGCCAUGGCGGCCCAGCAGCAGCAGCAGCAGCAGCAGCAGCAGCAGCAGCCGCUCCUGUACGCGCAGCCCGGCGGCUUCACGGUCAACGGCAUGCUGAGCCCGCCGCCCGGCGGCCAGAGCCUGGUGCACCCGGGCUUGGUGCGCGGCGACACGCCGGAGCUGGGCGACCACCCGGGCCACCACCACCACCACCACCACCACCCGCACGCCCACCCGCACCACGGGGGCGGCGGCGGGGGCGGGGGGCUCAACAGCCACGAGCCCCACUCGGACGAGGACACGCCGACCUCGGACGACCUGGAGCAGUUCGCCAAGCAGUUCAAGCAGCGGCGCAUCAAGCUGGGCUUCACGCAGGCCGACGUGGGCCUGGCGCUGGGCACCCUGUACGGCAACGUCUUCUCGCAGACCACCAUCUGCCGCUUCGAGGCCCUGCAGCUCAGCUUCAAGAACAUGUGCAAGCUCAAGCCGCUGCUGAACAAGUGGCUCGAGGAGGCCGACUCCUCCACCGGCAGCCCCACCAGCAUCGACAAGAUCGCCGCCCAGGGCCGCAAGCGCAAGAAGCGCACCUCCAUCGAGGUGAGUGUCAAGGGGGCCUUGGAGAGCCACUUCCUCAAGUGCCCCAAGCCCUCGGCCCAGGAGAUUACGAACCUAGCGGACAGCCUGCAGCUGGAGAAGGAGGUGGUCAGGGUUUGGUUUUGCAAUCGGAGGCAGAAAGAGAAACGGAUGACCCCCCCGGGGAUCCAGCAGCAGACGCCCGACGACGUCUACUCCCAGGUCGGCAACGUGAACUCCGACACGCCGCCCCCGCACCACGGACUCCAGGCGAGCGUGCAGUGAACAGG